AUGCCGACCGCCAUAAAUGCAGUGGUGGCUCAGCAAACGGCUGCUGGGUCAGUUCCCAGCAGCACUGCUGGCACUACAGAGGGGGCAGGAGGGGGCACAGGGGGAAUUUAUUCUGCCAUUAUUAGUCGCAAUCAGCCCAUUAUCCACGUAAAGGAGAAGACAUAUGAAGAGCUUCACAAGAAGUGCCUUGAGAAAAACAUUCUCUAUGAAGAUCCUGAUUUCCCCCCAAAUGAGUCGUCCCUUUUCUACAGCCAGAAAAGCCCUGUCAAGUUUGAAUGGAAAAGACCACGUGAAAUCUGUGAGAAUCCACGGUUUAUUAUUGGUGGAGCCAACAGAACAGAUAUCUGCCAAGGAGAAUUAGGUAACUGCUGGUUUCUGGCUGCCAUUGCUUGCCUGACACUGAAUAAAAAACUACUCUGUAGAGUCAUUCCUCAUGACCAGUCCUUUAUACAAAACUAUGCUGGAAUCUUUCACUUCCAGUUCUGGCGCUAUGGAGACUGGGUGGAUGUCGUCAUCGAUGACUGCUUACCCACCUACAACAACCAGCUGGUCUUUACCAAGUCCUCCCAGCGCAACGAGUUCUGGAGCGCCCUCCUGGAAAAGGCCUAUGCAAAACUCCAUGGGUCAUAUGAAGCUUUGAAGGGAGGCAACACCACUGAAGCCAUGGAGGAUUUCACUGGAGGAGUCACAGAGUUCUACGAGAUAAAGGAUGCCCCUAAAGAUAUCUAUAAAAUCAUGAAACAUGCCAUUGACAGAGGAUCCCUCAUGGCCAGUUCCAUUGAUGAUGACCUAGGUUUUUCCUAUGGAUCAGCCCCUCGGAGCAACAUUGGGGAACUGAUUGCUCGCAUGGUGAAGAAUCAAGAAAAUGCGCAGAUGACUCAGUCCACUGCAGACUACCAGGGCAUCGAGGAGAGGCCAGCCUGGACCAUAAUGCCGAUGCAGUACGAGACUCGGAUGUCCUGCGGGCUCGUCAAGGGGCACGCCUACUCCGUGACGGCCGUGGAAGAGACAGUAUUUAAAGGGGAAAAAAUACGUCUGGUAAGGCUGAGAAACCCCUGGGGCCAGGUGGAAUGGAAUGGAGCCUGGAGUGACAAGUCAGAGGUGUGGGACUCUGUUAACGAAGAAGAGAAAAUCCGCCUGCAGCACAAGGUUGUGGAGGAUGGGGAGUUCUGGAUAUCAUUUCAAGAUUUCAUGAGGCAUUUCACAAAGCUUGAGAUCUGUAACCUCACACCUGAUGCUCUGGACGUGGAUAAAUUCCAGACCUGGACUGUGUCAGUUAAUGAAGGACGCUGGGUGAGAGGCUGCUCAGCUGGAGGCUGCCGCAAUUAUCCAGAUACAUUUUGGACCAAUCCCCAGUAUCGCUUGAAGCUCCUGGAGGAAGAUGAUGAUCCUGAGGAUGAAGAGGUUAUCUGCAGCUUCCUUGUCGCACUCAUGCAGAAAAACAGGAGGAAAGAGCGCAAGCUGGGAGCCAACCUGUACACCAUUGGCUUUGCCAUCUAUGAGGUGCCCAAAGAGAUGCAUGGUACUAAGCACCACUUGCAGAAGGAUUUUUUCCUCUACAAUGCCUCCAAAGCUAGAAGUAAGACCUACAUAAACAUGCGAGAAAUCUCUGAGCGCUUCCGGUUACCUCCCAGCGAGUAUGUCAUCAUCCCAUCGACAUAUGACCCCCACCAGGAGGGAGAAUUCAUCCUCAGGGUCUUCUCAGAGAAAAGAAGUCUUUCAGAGGAGGUUGAAAACAUGAUUGAGGCAGAACGUCCAUUGGUAAGUACUAAGAAAAAGGGCAAGCCUAUCAUCUUCGUUUCUGACAGAGCAAACAGCAAUAAGGAGCUGACAGCAGAUGAAAAUGCUGACAAAGAUGGUGAAAAAACCCAAGCAGAUAAGAAAAAGCAUUCUUCAACAAAAACUCAUGAGGAGAGUGAAGAGCAAAAACAGUUCAGGAAUAUUUUCCGACAGAUUGCAGGGGAUGACAUGGAGAUCAAUGCUGAGGAACUUAGGAAUGUUCUCAAUAAUGUUGUAAAAAAACAUAAGGACCUAAGGUCAGAAGGGUUUGAAUUGGAAUCCUGCCGCAGCAUGAUUGCUUUAAUGGAUACAGAUGGCUCAGGGAAGAUAAACUUUGAUGAAUUUCGACAUCUCUGGGACAAGAUUAAAAGCUGGCAGAAAAUUUUCAAGCGCUAUGACACAGAUCAUUCAGGAACCAUUAACAGCUAUGAGAUGCGCAACGCAGUCAACGAUGCAGGGUUUCGGCUGAACAACCAGCUCUACGACAUCAUCACCAUGCGCUACGCCGACAAGAACAUGAACAUUGAUUUUGACAGCUUCAUCUGCUGCUUCGUGCGCCUGGACGCCAUGUUCCGGGCAUUCCACGCCUUUGACAAAGAUGGAGAUGGCAUCAUUAAGCUCAAUGUCCUGGAGUGGCUGCAGCUCACACUGUAUGCGUAACACCAGAGCCAGUGGCCACCUCUCAAGAUCACACUGAAGAUUUC